CCAUGGACUUGUAGCAUUGUACUCAAGUUCAAUCAUUUGCAAAAUGGCAGAACAAAAUAAUAAUGUGUUAGGGUGGUGGGAAGCCAUUAACAACGACAACGAGCUAACCAUGUUAGUUGUCACCACUUUACUGAUCUUGGCUAUUUUAUGGUACAAAUUCAUACUAUCGAAUCCCUCAAUAAGUGCACCUCCAUUGCCACCAGGUCCCCGUAUGCUCCCAAUCGUGGGGUACCUUCCAUUUCUUAGUCCCAACUUGCACACACAGUUCACCAACAUGGCUCACACCUACGGCCCCAUCUUUAAGCUAAAGUUGGGUAGUAAACUUCAUGUUGUGAUAAAUACACCGGAGUUAGCAAAGGAGGUGGUUCGUGACCAAGACGAGGCAUUUUCUAACCGUGCCAAAACCAUUGCCGCGUCAGUAAUAACUAACGGUGGCCAAGAUAUAGCAUUUUCGGACAAUAAUGCCAACUGGCGUAAGCUUCGUAAGAUAAGUGUUCACGAAAUGCUAAGCAACAAGAAUAUUGAAGCAGGUAGUUCUGUCAGACGCGACGAAGUUAGAAAUGCCAUCAAGAAUGUUUUUGGUAGAAUUGGUACCAAAGUUAACAUUCGUGAGAUUACUUUCUCCACAGAGACAAGUGUGCUAACAAGAACAAUUUGGGAAAGCAAAGGGGUGAAAAACAACAAUCUAGCAGCUGAGUUAGAUAUGAUGAGUGCAAAGAUUGUUCAAUUACUUGGAAGGAUGAAUUUAUCUGAUUUCUUCCCUAUUCUUGCACGGUUUGAUCUACAAGGAGUUGCGAGGGACUCCGAGAAGAUACGUAACAAGUUGGAUCAACUUUUCACAACCAUCAUUGAUGAUCGAAUCGAAUCCAACUUAAAAGAGUCAGAAGACGAAGAAAAGAAAGAUUUUUUACAAGUGUUAUUAAACUACAAGGAUGAAAAAGGUGCAAUACCACUUAGCAGGGACGAAAUAAAGUUAAUUCUCUUGACUUUAUUGUAUCAGGACAUUAUGAUUGCUGGAACAGAAACAAGUGCAACAACUGUAGAAUGGGCGAUGUCAAAUAUUAUGCAAAAUCACAACAUAAUGAAAAAGAUUCAAGAAGAACUGGUAGAAAUUGUAGGACUAAAUAACACCGUCGAAGAAUAUCAUCUUCCAAAACUAAAAUACAUGGACGCAACAAUUAAAGAAACCUUACGUAUGCAUCCUAUAGUCCCUUUCUUAAUCCCACGAUCACCAAGCAAGGCAUGUGUGGUAGGUGGAUAUACCAUUCCAAAAGGUUGUUCAAUCUUCUUGAAUGUUUGGUCAAUCCAUCACGAUCCGCGGUACUGGGACGAUCCUUUGAAAUUCAACCCCGAGAGGUUCUUGACAAACAAAGGGGAUUAUAAGGGAAACAAGUUGACGUUUUUCCCAUUUGGAUCAGGAAGAAGAUUGUGUCCAGGUAUUCCAUUGGCCGAGAAAAUGUUAAUGCUCAUAUUGGCUUCACUCUUGCACUCGUUUGAUUGGAGCAUACCCAAGGAUGAAAAACAUGACCUUACCGAAAUAUUUAGCAUUGCACUGAAGAAAAGGAAACCACUCAUUGCUAUUCCAUCUCAAAGGUUGAAAGAUGUGAGCCUCUAUAUGUAAUCGUAUAUGACUUCUCUAUAUGGUUAAGAUCCAAAAUAGUGCUAUGAAUAAUGUAGUUAUGCUCAUCGAAAGUGUACCAAUUUCGAUAGUACGUGGAAUAACCCAUUUAAGGUGUAUGUAUGUCGUAGAAUUAUAUCCAAAGUACAUGGAAUUACCCUUUUAGGGUGUAUGUAUGUUGUGGAAUUAUAUGAUGUUAUCAAUAUAAACAUUUAUGUGGACA